AUGUCGGACACCAAGGGUCCCCAUCUCCCUGCGGCGGCGCCGCCGCCGGCUGGCUUGUACCAAGACGACGAGCCGCUGGAGCGCUCGACCGCCCCGGCGCAGGGCCCGGCAGCCAACGGCGGGCUGGUCCUCAGCACGCAGUGCGAGUUCCCGGCCCUGGCGAGGGCCGCGUCCCGCGACAGAUUCGCGGUGCUCGUGCACGCCAAGGCGCCGCUCGACCUCGUCACCGUACUCGACGUCAGCGGCAGCAUGAAGGGCGAGAAGCUAGCGCUGCUGAAGCAGGCGAUGUGCUUCGUCAUCGACCAGCUCGGCCCCGCCGAUCGCCUCUCCGUCGUCACCUUCUCUAACGGCGCCAGCCGCCUGACCCGCCUCGCGCGCAUGUCGGACGCGGGGAAGGCCUGGGCGAAGUUCGCCGUGGAGUCGCUUGCUGCCCAGGGGGGCACCAACAUCAGGCAGGGCCUCCGUGUGGGAGCCGAGGUGCUCACCGGCCGCCGGGAGAAGAACGUCGUCGCCGGCAUGAUCCUUCUCUCGGACGGGCACGACACCUGCGGCUGGACAAUCGUCAGGCCAGACGGCACCAAGAGCUACACCAAACUCGUGCCGCCCUCAUUCACGAGCGCCGGCCACAGCAGCCGGCCCGCGCCGAUCCACACGUUCGGCUUCGGCACCAACCACGACGCCGCCGCGAUGCACGACAUCGCGGAGGCCACGGGCGGCACCUUCUCCUUCGUCGGGAACCAGGCGGCGAUCCAGGACUCGUUCGCGCGCUGCGUCGGCGGGCUCCUCUCGGUGGCCGUGCAGGAGGCGCGCGUCGCCGUCACGUGCCUGCACCGGGGCGUCCAUAUCCAGGAAGUCAAGUCCGGCGCCUACGUCAGCCAUGUGGGCACCGAAGACGGCCGCGCCGCCACCAUCGACGUCGGCGAGCUCUACGACGGCGAGGAGAGGCGGUUCCUGGUGCUCGUGUACGUGCCGAGAGCCCGGUCGACGGAGGAGGUGACCCGCCUCGUCAAGGCGAGCUGCACGUACCGAGAGGCCGCGACGGGCCAGGCGCGCCAGGUCGCCGCGCCCGCCGCCGUGGUCCAGAGGCCGCUGGACCUGGCGACACUGCCUGCCCCGUCCUUGGACGUGGAGCGGGAGCGCGUCCGCCUCGCGGCGGCCGAGGACAUCGCGACCGCGCUGGUGGCCGCGGACGGCGGGCAGAACGCGGGCGCCGCACGGAUCCUCGAGUCGCGGCUCAAGGCCGUCGAGCGGUCGGCGCCGGGGGCGACCGGGGACGACCCCACGUGCGAGGCGAUCAAGGAGGAGCUGCGCGACCUCAGCGCCCGCGUGGGCGACCGGGCGGAGUACCAGCAGACGGGGCGCGCGUGCCUGCUCGCCGGCAUGAGCUCGCACGCGCAGCAGCGCGCCUCGGGGACGGACGUGCAGUCGUCGUCGAGCAAGCGUAGUAGCGCGUACCUGACUCCCAAGAUGGAGGAGAUGGUGGAGAUCUCGCGUGAGAGCAGCAGGAAGCGUGGCGGCGGCAGCCAGCAGCCCGUCGGCACCGGCACGUCGGGGCAGGUCAAACAGGCCAAGAUAGAAGAGGUGUAA